AUGGGAAAGAGAGCUGUUCCAAACCUAACGGGACUACUGCAUAAAAGAGUUGUAGUGAGGAUUGGAGGAGGGCAAGUAAUCAAGGGGCGAUUGGCGGGAUACGAUGCGUUUAUGAAUAUUGUACUGUCUGAAAUUACCGAGCCCGAUGAUGUCGAAAGCUCUGCUGUUGUGCGGGGAGAGUUUAUAGAGGAUAUAGUGCUGGUGGAGGAAACAUCUUGA